GUGACUCGUGACUCGUGACUCGCGACUCGCGACUCCACCCAAGCAAGCAAGCAGGCACCGCUCUGACUCGCCCACGCAGUAGCUCGAUCGUCACCUGAUGCGGGGCAACUCGGCUUUCAGCAUGCUGCAUGCAUCAGCAUCGAUCGCAAGCGCGCCUGCAUGCAUGCAUGCUGGGCCCGGAGUCCAGCGCUGGGAAGUGGGCGCGCUAACGUCGAGAAUAUUCUGCUUAAUGCGCAAUCAAUCCAUGGGUCCCGCUCUCGAUCCGAGUCCCAGUCCGAGUUACGAGUGUAAUCGCAACGCCCUAAACAGCUUCAUCGAUCCUUCCAUUUCCAUUUCGCAGAACACUAGUCCCAUCACCGCCACCUAACCUUGUCCUCAUCGCACAAAGAUCAUCCAUCCGUCCAUGCCAGCCACCAAUCACGGCA